AGAUUGUCUAAGCAAGGUAGUUCUGUUAAUCAUGUGUUGAAAGGAGAAACAGGAGAUCGUCCGCCGUUCAACUCAAGAUGCCUCGUGCCUCGCGCGCUUCGGCUGCAGCCAAGGUGAGGAUGAGGACGAUUCUUCCGAUGGCAACGACUCUGGCUAGAGGCUUCCUCCCUGUGCGUGGCACUGGAGCUCGUUACCGUGUCAAGCCUUGGCCUGUCUCUGCCCACACCGGGAAGUUCAACCGAUUGGAUCUCCCUCCUGAGUCUCCAGAUAAGCAGUUUGUGCUGUUUGUGGGCGACUCGCAUCUGCGUGCGUUGGUUGACCGUUACGUGAGGAUGCCAGACGGUUGCCUUUCGUUUGGGUUCCUGUCUACGCCUGGGGCGUCUGCCGCUGAGCUCCGCACUGAGUUGCUGAACGCCGACAUCCCCAGAACCCCCGACAUCGUUUGCUUGCUGGCUCCGAGCAACAACCUCACGGCGACGCCCGGCAUCGAAGCGGCUGGAGUUGCCUUCGAUGGACUUCUGAGAGCUGCCCGCAGUCGAUGGCCUAAGGUGUUUGUGCUCGAUUUCCCUCCCCGGCUGGCGAGUGAAUUGGCACCGCAACAAUUCCUUCGAGAGGAGUUUCGUCGCGUUGCAGCAAAGAACGGUGUAGAGUACUGCGUCACAGCUGACCGCUUUCCGCUGGACUCGCGUGCCUUGUGGAGUCGUGAUGGGAUCCACCUGAGUGACGAUCUGGGGAUGCCGCUUCUCGCGAAGCUUCUGUGGCACUUCUCCUUUCGGCAGCUACAGUCACCUCUGCCUGCUACACCUCCGCCUGUGUCUCCUCCCAAGUCACCCCCGACUGUUUCACGUCCACGUCCCCUUGACCCCUUCAAGGAAACUGUCGUCGGACGUCGCGGAAAGCGCAGCCAACCUGAGUCCUGGGAUGCGCCUGAGGACUGGGAUCAGUCUUCCGUGCGAAUCCUUCCUCAUGAGGUUUGUGUGCCUCCUCUGGUCCUGAGGGAGUGCUUUGUCGUGCUAAACCCUAUCCGGUUUAGCACUGACAAGUUGGCUGCAAUGGAUCGCAUUGUUCCAUCCAACCUUGACGUCCCCAUGGGGAAUCGCUCAAAGAAACGGAAGGUGGCACAUGGAACCACGGCUGUGGUCUCCAAAGGAAAGAAGGCCCGCCUUGAGGCACUUCAAACUCCAGCAAGGAUUGCCAAACCUUCGAAGCUGGUACCUCCCCCUCGACCUGUGCCAGAAGCUGCUGUACCAGCCACUCUGGAGGGCGUACCUCCUCCUCCACCUGUUCCAGAAGCUGCUGUACCAGCCACUCUGGAGGGCAGCGUCUUUGUGCCUUCGAGCAAGUUUGCUCAACCGGAGGGGGGUGACCAGACUCUGUGUGUUGAUGAGUGGCCGUUCCUUCAAACAGAGUUUUGUGAGAAGGUGAACCAGCCAACUGCUCGGGUUGUCUCUGGACAGAGAAAACAAGAGGAGCCAACACCUUGGGGGCCAAAAGUUGUGAUGGCCCAGGCUGAUAAACCAACAGCUAAUGAGACCAGCUUCUUGGGAUGUUCAACCAAGAUGACACACAUUGAGGACCAUGAGCCGUUUGAACCAGCACCUGAGGUCACUGCGAGCAGUCAGCAGCAGAGCCCGCCUGAGGACAAUGGCCAGCUUGAAGAUCGUCAUGUAACACUUGGCAAUCAGAAGGUACUUAUUUUUAACAUGUUAUUCCCUGUUCCUUGUGAGUUUUCCUGCCAUUUAUUAGAUCUUGGAAAUUAGUUAAAGUAAUGUUAAUAUCAUGUACAAUUCCGUUUUCCCAUUAUACACAGCCAUGAACUACAGCUGAUUGAUUCCUAGCCUUUUUUAUGAAUUCCUUGUUAAUUUCGAUAUAAACUAUUGGUUACACUCCUUUUUGA